UCUCAAUUCUCUCAAUGUCAACCACAAGUCUUCACGAGACGAAAAGGUCAACCGCACAGAGCAAUGACUUGAAACUAUUAGUUUGCAAAGAUUGUUCGUUGGCCAUCAUCUCUCUCUCUCUCUCUCUCUCUCUCUCUCUCUCUAUAUAUAUAUAUAUAUAUACACACUUUCGACUUCCUCCCCAUUUCGACUUCUCAAUAUCCAAACACCCCUGCUUUGUCCCAUCUCUUCUCUCUUCUUACACACACACACACAUAUAUACAUAUAUAUAUAUAACAUAUACAUAAACAUAUAUACUAUAUAUAUAAUACAAAUGGAUAACGCUAAUCAACGCCGACGAAGGCGUCUCAAGCAACAGAAACCCACCGUUGAUGAAUCGGAAGAAGUGAGCAGUCUUGAGUGGGAGUUCAUCAACAUGUCCGAACAAGAGGAAGAUCUCAUCUUCAGGAUGUACAGACUCGUCGGCGACCGGUGGGAUUUAAUAGCGGGAAGGAUUCCGGGGAGGCAGCCGGAGGAGAUAGAGAGAUAUUGGAUAAUGAGGAACAGCGAAGGAUUCGCCGAGAGACGGAGACAGCAACUCCACUUGAAGAAGAGAUCUUCCCGCCUUCCUGCCUCCUCCUCCUCUCUUCCCUGAUUUCUUUUAUUUAUUAUUAUUAUUCGUGAAAAAAAAUCCUUAAUUAAAUACUCUCCUUUUUGUACUCAGAUAUGGGUGAAUCGGUUUUUUUCCUUCAUUUUUUUUGUUGUUUUUUAUUCGAUUUUAUUUUUUUCGGUUUAUACAAUUCGGAACCAAAGUGGUCGUGGACGUUUCGGUUUUCGGUUCUGUAUUCUAGUGGUUCGGUUCGAAAACGGUAUUUUCGGUGUUAUACAAAUUUUACCAAAUUAGAAUCGAAUGUUAAACAGUUCGAGUUUA